AUGGACUUCUCAAUCCCUGAGGUUAUGAUCAGGCGCAGGAUUGUCCUCGAGGGACACCUUGAUUUUUCGAAUAGCGUAACAUCGUGGGAUGUUUACAAGAACAUGUUAAGAAAAAGUUCGGAAAUGUUUGUUUAUUGCCACAGCAAAAAGGCAUUAAUUUGCCCGACUCCCAGACGUAGAGGAGUGAAGGAGGACGGGUGUAUUAUCGCUUACAAUAGUGGGUAUAUUUUAAGCAUUGGAGAAAACGAGGAAACGUGUGCUGAAUACAUUGCAUGGCUUAGGAAAAAAUUUAGACAACACGAUCCGUCUGUUCCAUUGGAAAUAAAGCAAGUCAAUUCUAUUUUGAGAGUUGAGAUCCCAUCUAAAUUCGGCCUAAUUAAUAUAUUCAAGCUUUAUAAUACUAUUAUUGCUAGUAAUCACAUUUUUGAAAUACUUUUUGAUCCAGAAUUAUAUACAGCUAUGAUUAUAAGUUUUCAACCUAAUGGAAUUUAUUCCAAUGAAGACAAUAUAUCAACAAACAAGUUUCUUAGGUUCCCAGAUGAGGAAAUAGAUGAAAUCAAUAAUGAAAUAACUCAAUGUUGUUUUGUAGUUUCAGUUAAUUACAUUGUAGUACACAAGGUCAAAGAUCACACUCAGGGCCUUGAAGCUAUUCAAAUGUUAAUGAAAUACCUGUAUAGGAAUGAUAUCAUUAUUGCUUCCGUUGAAACAAGUACUCCUUGUUCAUGA